AUGCCCCUGUUAGGAAAUACGCUAGAUGUAUUAAAAUAUAAUAACUUCCCGGAAUAUUUAAAAGAACUUCAAUCGAAAUACGGGGGUUUCUGUGAAAUUCACUUUGGCUUUAAACGAUUUCUCAUAAUUUCUAAUGGUGAUGUGGCACAUCCAAUUCAUACUUCUUCAGUAACUCUUAGUCGUAAAUUUUUAUAUCGUGAUUUAAAAAAUCCUGGACUGGAUGAAAUUGGUGUAGGAAAUAAUGGAAUAGUUUUUAAUAAAAAUUUAGAUGAAUGGAAAAUCAAUCGUGAAUUCGUUGAAAGAAUAGUAAGAUCAAGAAAUUUUUUAACAAUGAUUACAGGGAAAACAUAUAAAGUGGCCACUGAUAUGUUUAAGUUAUGGGAUAUUUUGAUAAAUGACCAGAGGGAAAUUGAUUUAUCUAAAUGGCUAGAAAAACUUUCUGGGGAUAUAGCAGUCACAACAACAACUGGAUUACCUGCUUAUUCAGUACGCACUUGUCUUAAUUCACUGGGUUAUGAUGAUAAUCGUGAUGAUCUUUCAAUUUCGGAACGGGAACUAUCUUCAAAAGUCAUUUCUCUAGUCAAUACUUUUUUUAAAUCAACGCAAUUUCCACCUUUUAUAAGACAUGCUCCUGGAAUAAGUUUCUUUAACAGCAAAUUUUUAAAACGUAUAAAAGAUUUGGAAGUCUUUUUAAUUGAAAUAAUUCAACAAAGGCGCACAGAAAUUGAUUUAUUAUCCGAAAAUGCUUUACAAUCAUCUGACUUUUUAACAUUGCUUCUUACUGUUAACACAUCGCAUGGUAUAGAACUUCGUUCACAUAAGUCUUUAAACCGAUCAUUGAAUGAUUAUGAAGUUUUUGGAGUUAUAAGAGACAUUUUACUUGGUUCAUUCGAAACGGUUUCAACUACAAUGUGUUCGGUAUUUUACUAUAUAUGCAAAUACCCUUCAAUAAAAUCCAAAUUACUUACUGAAAUUUACACAAUAUUUGGACAUUCAAACUUUUCAAAUUUCCGUUAUAAGGAUUUAGAAAAGCUUUCAUACUGUGAUGCUUUAAUUAAAGAAGCACUUCGUCUAAACCCACCAUUUCCACAGUUGCCACGAACAAAUAAUGAACCUGUAGAGGUUGGUGGAUAUCUAUGGGAAAAAGAGCAAUUAUUUAUAUUACAUUUUCAAGGAAUAAAUGUUAAUAAAAAUGAUUGGAUUGAUGAAGAAAUUUUUUAUCCUGAAAGAUUUUUACGGACUGAAGAUAAUGAACAAUCAAUUAACGCUAGUAAAGUUAAUGCAAGAGAAGUAUUUGCAACAUUCGGUGGAGGUGCUAGGGGAAAGCUUUGGGCAAUAGUUGAAAUAAAAGUACUUUUAGUAGCUGUCUUAAUGAGAUAUGAAAUAGAAUUUGUAAAUAAAGAUCAAGAAUUGGACCUGGCUUUUGAUUCUACUUAUCAUUGGCGAGAGCUUAAAAUCUAUUCAUAUUCUUCCCCAAGUGACGAGCUGGCAACUGUUUCACAGACGCAGAUCAAGUACCGCAAUUGGACAAAAUCAAUUAAGUUAUGCAAUGAAUUGGUUUCAAGAUUAGUUCGAUCCAAGACUUCAGCAAACAGCCUUUCAACAAAUAUAUUAUUUUUUAUCACUUUUAUUGAAGAUAAUUAUGCUGGAGAUAAUCAGUUUCAUUGGUCUCUUCGUACAUCCGUUACUCUACCUUCUGAUAAUAUCUUAGGAUCAUUAUUCAUUCUUGGAUCCUUAGAGAAUAAUUGGAAUUUAAGGAUUUGGGCAGGAGCGAUAUCUUUUGAGCAUUUAAUAUCAUCAUUAUAUUAA